CAGAUCAGAAUUAUAUACUAGUGGGAGCUCAUUAUCAGAAAAAUAUGAAGAUGUAAAAGAUGUUCUUUUCCCCUGGUCUCAAAAUGUCAACAUUGUGAUGGUUGACAAAGAACUUGAAUUUUCCUAUGCAAAAAUGUCCUUUCUGCGAGGCUUUUCCAAUGGGAUGGAGUCCACCGUACCACACACAAGGAUCGAGGAUGAAUCUGUUAUCAAGCUACUCUAUCAGUUUGAACAGGACCUGGGAAAAGGCAGUUUUGGUGUCGUCAUCCAAGCCACACACAUCCCCACAGACACCAAGCGGGCUAUCAAAAUACUCAACAAAGAAAAGGCUGGAAGCUACGCUGUGAAAAUGUUGGAGAGAGAGGUUGCCAUCUUGAAGAUGGUGAAGCAUGAGCACAUCAUUAAACUGGAUGAGGUUUACGAAACUACGAAGAAAGUCUACCUGGUCAUUGAGUUCUGUAAACUCGGGGAGUUGAAGGGAGUUCUGACAGAGAAAGGCCACUUGAGUGAAUCAGAAACCAAACACAUCAUCACCAGCUUGGCCAGCGCAAUCUUUUACCUCCACAGAAACGAUAUUAUUCACAGGGAUCUGAAGCUGGAAAACAUUCUCGUGAAGGGUAAUGAUAACCGAGAGGAUGAAGAACUGAAACUCAACAUCAAAGUGACCGAUUUUGGUUUGUCCGUGUUGAAGGAUGGAGCGGGAGUCGGCAGUGAGUCCAUGCUGCAGGACACGUGUGGCACGCCGUUAUACAUGGCCCCGGAAAUCAUCAACAACUAUGACUACAGCCAGCAAUGCGAUCUCUGGAGCAUUGGCAUCAUCAUGUACACUCUGCUGUGUGGCCAAGCUCCCUUUACAGCUACAACCUCGGAAAAACUCUACCAGGAAAUCAAGAAUGGAGAGCUGGAUUUUGCCCAUUCGUCUCUGAAGUCACUCAGUGAGAGCGGUGACUGUGUGUUAAAAAGGCUUCUAAUAGUAGAUCCCGCUCACAGGAUGACAGCGAGUGAACUGCUAAAUCACCACUGGAUAACGGGAGAUGCCAGGAAGGAGAGACCCAAAAAUGUGCUGGAAAUGAUGAAGCAGUGGAAGCUGGACACGAGCAGCGAGAGUGAGGAGUUGGCUGAAGAGAACGGAGUGGAUGAAGACAAGAACUUGGCAUCUUCUGCGGAAAGCACCAAGGCCGAGUUGAAUCCUGAUAAGCUGCAUCCUGUUGCCACAAAGCCAAGAGGUCCAAGGCAGAAGCGAUAUUCUCUUGACAGCUCGUCCCUACAGGCUACUUCGGGUUCGAAACCGCCCACACUGUUGAACAGAAAAGGACGGAGAAAGUCUGAAACUGCAGCAAACUCAAGAAUAUUGAACAAAGUAAACAGCCAGCCGGCCCUGCUGAAAAGAUAACCCCUUGCCAAGGGGGCACGUCAAGAGUUCAAGCCCUUGCACACAUUGCUAAUUCCAAGCAACUUUUCAGCAUCCGGUUAACGGACAACACUCAUACUCUUUGUUAAUUUAUUUAUCAGGAGCGUUGUUCUACCAAACACUGUUCAGCUUUCAUCUCGUAAAUGUAACGAACCGGGUCCCAUUCCUUUAUGAGACGUGCCAUCUUGUAAUCACUCUCUCGUAUAGGCCCUUUGUUAGAUAAUCACCUUGGCCAUUAUCAGAUCCAAAUUGAUAGAAAGAUUUAACAUGGAAGCAGGGCCUUCAGCCCACCGAGUCCACACUGAUCAUUGCUCACCCGUUCACAAUGAUUCUUUGUUAUCUCAAUUCCUCAUCCACACAGUAUAUAGAGGCCAAUUCACCUAUAGACAAUAGACAACAGGUGCAGGAGUAGGCCAUUCAGCCCUUCGAGCCAGCACCGCCAUUCAAUGUGAUCAUGGCUGAUCAUCCCCAAUCAGUACCCGGUUCCUGCCUUCUCCCCAUAUCCCCUGACUCCGCUAUUUUUAAGAGCCCUAUCUAGCUCUCUCUUGAAAGCAUCCAGAAAGCAUCCACUAGCCUCCACCGCCCUCUGAAGCAGAGAAUUCCACAGACUCACCACUCUCUGUGAGAAAAAGUGUUUUCUCGUCUCCGUUCUAAUAACCUGCAACUCAAUUAAAGAAAAUGAAGUUCCCUAUUUACCUGGGUAUUUCCCCGUUUUCAAUGGGAUUAUUAUUUUUAGAUUGGUUGAGAGAAACGGCAUAGAAACAGGCCCUUCGGCCCAUCAUGUCCACGCCGACCAUUGAUCACCCAUUCACACUAGUUCUAUGUUAUCCCACUUUCUCACCCAUUUGGGACAAUUUAGGGGUCAAAUAACCUACAAACCCACAGGUAUUUUGGGAUAUGGAUGGAAACCAGAGGAUCCUGAAAAAAAACCCCCACAGACAGUCACAAGGAGAACGUGGGGCAAACUCCAGACAGCACCCGAGGUCAGGAUCGAACCCGGGUCUCCGGCGCUAUGAGGCAGUGGCUUUACCCGCUGCGCCACCCUGGAGCACGUGGAGGAAACCCACCUGGUCACCGGGGGAACAUGCAAAUCUUCCCGGUGUUUAAAAAACGAUCGGAAUGUUGACCCACAAAUGGAAAACAAAUGCCACAGUUGUGGAAAUCUGGAAUUUUAAAAGGAAGUUUGAGUCAUAAUGCACAGAAACAGGCUCUUCAGCCCCAACAAGAUGCUAUGUCUAAGCUUGUCUCCUUUGUCUACCGUACCCCUCUAAACCUUUGCUUUCCACAAACCUAUCCAAGCGUGUUUUAAAUUCUGUUACAGUCCCUGCCUCAACACCUCGUUGCCUAGACUCACCAUUCUCUGCGAUAAAUAGUUGGUUCCGAUGAAACAUUUCCCCUCUUACCUUAAACCUAUGUCCUUCUUGAUUCCCCUAUUCUGGGCGUUCACCCUAUCUGUUCCCCUCAUGGUUUUACAGUCACCCCUCAGCCUCCUGCGCUCCAAAGUCCUAGCCUGCCCUUCCUCUCCCUCGAGUUCAGCCUGGAGUCCUGGCAACACCCUUGUAAAUCUCCUCCCUUUCCAGCAUGAUGACAUCCUUCCUAUAAAGUCCACUGUUAGGGCUGCCGGUGUAGGCCAUAGUCAUACGGCACAGAAACAGGCCCUUCGGCCCAUCACAUCCAUGCCAGCCAAGAUGCCCGAACUAAGCUAGUCCUAUUUUCCAACUUUUGGCCCAUAAUUGCUCGAAACCUUUCAUAUCCAUGUCACCCAGAGAGUUGUGAAUUUGCGGAAUUCUCUGCCUCAGAAGGCAGUGAAGGUCGAUUCACUGGAUGCGUUCAAAAGAGAGAGAUAGAGCUCUUAGGGCUAGCGGAAUCAAGAGAUAUGGGGAGAAGGCAGGAACGGGGUAGUGAUUGUGGAUGAUCAGCCAUGAUCACAUUGAAUAGCAGUGCUGGCACGAAGGGCCGAUUGGCCUACUUUUGCACCUAUUGCC